AUGGGUGCCCUCAAGUACGUCGAAGAGCUUCAGAAGAAGAAGCAGUCGGAUGUCGUUGCCUUCCUCCUCCGAGUUCGCUGCUGGGAACUCCGUCAAUUGAACGUCAUCCACCGCGCCUCUCGCCCCUCGCGUCUGGACAAGGCUCGCCGUCUCGGAUACAAGGCCAAGCAGGGCUAUGUUAUCUACCGUGUCCGUGUCCGCCGUGGUGGCCGCAAGCGCCCUGCUCCUAAGGGUGCCACCUAUGGCAAGCCCACCAACCAGGGUAUCAACCAGCUGAAGUACCAGCGAUCCCUCAAGGCUACCGCUGAGGAGCGUGUCGGCCGCCGAUGUGCUAACCUCCGAGUCCUCAACUCCUACUGGAUCAACCAGGACUCUACCUACAAGUACUACGAGGUCAUCCUCGUCGACCCUCAGCACAAGGCCAUCCGCAUCGACCCCCGCAUCAACUGGAUCGUCAACCCCGUCCACAAGCACCGCGAGUCUCGUGGCCUCACCGCCACCGGCAAGAAGUCCCGUGGUCUCAACAAGGGCCACCGCUACAACAAGACCCAGGCUGGCCGCAGAAAGACCUGGAAGCGCCACAACACCUUGUCCCUGUGGCGAUACCGAUAA